CGCCAAGCUAGCACGGAUUCAUCAGAUGGCAAGAAAGGUGUGCACACGUCAGCCAAGCAACUCGCCACACCAGGAGCAACCCCACCGCCGACUGCUCCGAAAAAGGCUCCAGUUCAAGCAACGGGUGCAAAAUCGAAGGGUAAGAUUGUGGCCGUAAUCGGUGCCGUUGUGGACGUACAGUUUGACGAUAAUCUUCCGCCGAUUCUCAACGGUCUCGAGGUGACUGGUCGAUCACCGAGACUGAUUCUUGAAGUGGCGCAACAUCUCGGUGACAAUGUCGUGCGAACAAUUGCUAUGGACGGUACAGAAGGUUUGGUUCGUGGUCACGAAGUGGUCGACACGGGUAACCCGAUCAAGAUUCCGGUCGGUCCGGAAACCUUGGGACGUAUCAUGAACGUUAUUGGUGAGCCAAUCGAUGAACGAGGUCCAAUCCCGUCCAAAGUCUACGCUCCAAUUCACGCCGAAGCACCAGCAUUCGUCGACAUGAGCGUCGAGCAAGAGAUUCUUGUGACUGGUAUUAAAGUGGUCGACUUGUUGGCACCAUACGCUAAGGGUGGUAAAAUCGGAUUGUUCGGAGGUGCUGGUGUGGGUAAAACUGUAUUGAUUAUGGAACUGAUCAACAACGUUGCUAAGGCACACGGUGGUUAUUCGGUGUUUGCUGGUGUUGGAGAACGAACGCGUGAGGGUAACGACUUGUAUCACGAGAUGAUUGAGGGUGGUGUUAUCGAUCUCAAAGGAAAUAACUCGAAGGUAUCGUUGGUGUACGGUCAGAUGAACGAACCACCAGGUGCACGAGCUCGUGUCUGUUUGACUGGAUUGACCGUGGCCGAGUAUUUCCGUGAUCAGGAAGGUCAAGACGUGUUGUUGUUCAUCGACAACAUCUUCCGUUUCACGCAAGCCGGCUCUGAGGUGUCCGCGCUGUUGGGUCGUAUCCCGUCAGCUGUAGGUUAUCAGCCAACGCUGGCAACUGAUAUGGGUACUAUGCAGGAACGUAUUACAACAACCAAAAAAGGCUCAAUCACAUCCGUACAGGCCAUCUACGUACCAGCAGAUGACUUGACCGAUCCUGCACCAGCCACAACAUUCGCUCACUUGGACGCCACCACAGUGUUAUCUCGUGGUAUUGCCGAGUUGGCUAUCUACCCAGCUGUCGAUCCGUUGGAUUCAACCUCGCGUAUUAUGGACCCGAAUAUUGUUGGCCAGAAGCAUUAUGAUAUUGCUCGUGGUGUACAGAAGAUUCUUCAGGAUUACAAGUCAUUGCAAGAUAUUAUCGCCAUUUUGGGUAUGGAUGAAUUGUCUGAGGAGGAUAAGUUGACCGUAUCACGAGCUCGUAAGAUUCAACGUUUCUUGUCACAGCCAUUCCAAGUCGCUGAAGUUUUCACUGGUCACAAAGGCAAAUUCGUUACCCUCGAAGAGACGAUCCGAGGAUUCGAAGCAGUUCUUAAGGGCGAGAUGGAUCAUUUACCGGAAGUUGCAUUCUACAUGCAAGGUGGUAUUGACGAUGUUAUAAAGAGGGCUGAAGAAUUGGCGAAACAGCAUUCUUAG